CCGCGGCGCCCACCGAAAGCGCGAAGGUGCCCACCAUUUCCGUCACCGGGAUCUCGCCACCCUGAUCAACCCACCCAGCCGGAAGAAAAGGCAUCAGCGAGUGGCGCGGAAUCGCCGCGGUGGCGAGAGGGGCGUGCGUGCGUACCUCCAUUUGCCAGGCGAAGCGGUAGUAGACGGCGGCGGCGGCCAUGGACGUGAUCCCGAGGCUGGACAUCACCGCCGCCACCAGGGAUGGGAAGAAGUUGAGGGCUUUGGCAAAGACAAACAGGGCGUAAAGGGUCAUGUUAGGGUGAAAAACAAGCAGGAUACUCUAGAUCCGCUUCUCUUCUUCUAGAACUCCCCAAGGAUACGCAGUAAAGAAGUUUUCUCCCUAAAUGGCCACAGCCGAGUUUGCUGAUGCAUGACUCUGACAUAUAUGCAGGUGUUGGUGUAGAUAAUCCUCGUGACAAAUGGGUAUAUGAUACCACCCAAUUUGACAACAUACUGAAGAAAUUGAAAGUGCAAUCAGCUAAGCCUAUUCAAGAAGAAAUUGCAGCUGUAAGUGAUUCGCCUGACAGCACGCCCAAGAAAGAUAAACCAGCAAAUGUUGAAGUUACUAAAGUUACUCGACCUCAAGGAAGGUACGCAAAAAUGAAGAUAAUUGCCAAGUGGAUCAGAAACCUGAACCAUUAUGUUUGGAUGAACCUGAUCCUAUCAUUUGCCCUGAUGCAGGUCAGCUCUUACCUUUGUUUCUUCUCUAAUGGGCUUCAUUGUGUACCAAGUUACUAACUUCGUUGAGGUUUUAGUAACUU